AUGGCUUCUGCAACAUCACCACGAUACCUCACCAUGGAGGAACUCAACAAGACUGCCCUGGACCAAUUCGUCUACCAACCUGUGGGUCGCGAUAUGAUCGCAUACCUCGCCCAAGCCGCCCACAACGUUAUUGCCUGCGACUCGACUCUCAUGCCUCCCGCUCCCGCCGAGCCUCGCCAGAACCUCCCAACCCCUCCCAGGAGCCCCGAGCCUCGAACCGUUCGAUCCGAAGACGGAGCCCUCCCCACCCUUGAGGAGUUCAUCACACAGCUCGUCGUCUCUUCCAACGUCCAGGUCCCUACUCUCAUGUCAACACUGGUCUACCUCGGCCGCCUAAAGUCGAAGCUCCAGCCCAUGGCUCGUGGUCUACGAUGCACUGCCCACCGCAUCUUCCUCGCUGCUUUGAUUCUUUCUGCCAAGUACCUCAACGACAGCUCACCCAAGAACAAGCACUGGGCCAACUACAGCCACAUCACCACCGAGUGCUACAGCUUUGGCUUCAGCCGCACCGAGGUCAACCUCAUGGAGAAGCAGCUUCUCUUCCUUCUUGAGUGGGAUCUUCGAAUUACUGAGGAGGACCUUUACCGUGAUCUCGACGACUUCCUUGAGCCCCUCCGCCACAAGAUUGCCGAGCGACAUGCCAGGAAGAUCCGACACCGCGAGGAGAAGCGACGACAGAAGGAGCUCUAUGCUGCCUCCACCCGAUAUCCCAGCCCUGCCUCUUCUCGCGGCCACUCCCGCUCUCGAGGAUCAACACCUGAGCACGCACGAAACCUUUCUGGAAACUUUACUCCUCCUGGUCUCAGCUACAGCAGCUCUUCUAGCUCUUACGCCUCAUCUGUCUCCUCUGGCCGCGCUUACUCACAAGCUACCACUCCCCUCGAGCCCUCCGAGCCUGAGCCUUACUACUAUGAGUCUCAACAGGGCAGCCUCUACGACUCACCCGUCCAGAUCGUUCCCGAUGUUGACUACCCCAAGGCUCAUAUGCCUGCUGGCCGCAUGCUUCCUUAUGAGAUCACUGCCGAUGAGUACCAACAGUACCAGCAACUCCAUGAGACCUCAUCCAAGAAGCAGCAUCAGCAUCAGCAUCAGCAUCAGCAUCAGCAGCAGCGCUCAAGGCGCGGCAUGUGGGGUCGUCUUCUCGGUGGUAGCGUCGCUGUGCGAUAA